CAUCAUCAAUGCGCAUGCAUUUUCGAUGUAAACAUGAGGAUUCAAUAUGGCGGAUGAUGUGGAAAAGGAAUUCCUUGGAACCUGGAGGAUUGUGGAAUGUGUAUCCCUGACUGGAACUAUAGAGCAGACGGGAAUCGAGGGUACUGAGUUUACAUUGGAUGAGAGUGGAGAAGUGACUUGGAAGGUUAGUGAAGAUGCAGAACCCAUGCCGUUCUUCUCCUGUGAGACCUAUGAGGUUUCUAUGGCUGAUCCUCCAGCACUCAAAUUCUUUGGAACAUUUGCUGGACAUAUUAUAGAAUUCAAGGUGGAAGUAUCUGAUGAUCUGAUGUUGUUGACUUAUGAGAGAUGUUGUAUGCUGCAAUGUCAGAAGGUCUCCUCCAGUGACCCUAAAGAUGACAUUCCUUUUUCCUUUAUUGGUGCUCUGGAACAAGGCUACUUUGCUGAUGUUACCAUCACUGCUGACAAUAACAAAGAAUUUAAAGCGCAUAAGGCCAUCCUCAGUCUAGGUGUCUCUACUGUAGACUGGUCCAGCACACCUCCUCCCUUGUCAGGGCUACCCGAAGAUGUGCUCAGUACUACACUGCAUUACCUAUAUUCUGAGAGUUUGCCGCGAGGACUAUCAGAACAGGCAGCUAAGGACUGUGUAAGACACUUGGGCAAGGUGCCUGGCUUUGAGAGAUUUGUGGACAUGUGCAAUACCUUUCUUAAAAAUGUGGCCUUGAGGCAACAAAUCACCAGCCUAGUCUCAGACAUGCACUCCUGUGCAGACAAGAUCAUAGACUUAUUUAAUGGCAAGACCACAGGUACCUCUAGCAGUGCUGGCCAGAGUCCCGUGAUGGAGACCCCAGGGGAGAACCUCGUCGCCAAUCCUGCCAAGUUGUGUUAUGUGGUAAAGCAGGCUAUCAGGGAAGCUUGUGUUGCUGGUGCAAAGUUACUGAUAUUAAGUGACCUGUUUUCAAGAAGAAAAGGGGAACUCUCUAGAGAAGAGAGACAUGAAAUAAUCAAAUAUGCAAAAUCAAGGUUACCGGUAUUCAUGAACCAACUGAGAAGGUUUUUAGAAGUAAUAAAACAGCACACAAAUGGACUAACUGCAACCCAGAGACAAGAAAUAGCAGGCUAUUUAGUUCCAGAGGUUGAGAAGACAUUGGACACAAUUGCUCACUUUGUAAUUGAAAUCAAGACAGCACUAGAACAGGUCAUUACUUCAAGCUCAAACAGCACUGCAGGCAGCCCCACAGAGAAGCCCGGUGACAAACCAGCUGAUAAACCAGCUGAUAAACCACACAAACAUGACAAGAAAUCUAAGAAGGGGCAAAUUGUAGAGGCCAUGGGUCGGACCUUAAAAAACGCACUACAUAGGAGGGAAUUGAUGAAGCUUAAGUACUUCCAUGAUAAAACUACUACAAAUUUUAUGCAUCUAAUGCAGAAAAAAGAAAACUUCAGCCUAAUGAGCCAGGAGGAAAAAAUCCGUUCAGUUGCAAAAAAUCUUGAACAGCUAAUUGAUGAAGUUCCUUUGUUCCUGGUACGCGUCGAGGAGUUGAUGUCAGCAUUGGACGAGAAGGUCACAUGGAAGGAAUGGAAAUAUUUAUUUAAAUUAGGGACUUCUAAGGUGGCGUGGGGUUUAGGGAAGGUAGUGGGUCAUAAGCCAUCAUUAAAGGCAAUGAUAUCUCAAAUCUGUGAUAUGGUGCAUCGGGAACAGUUUAACUCAUCCUUGGUAGCCCUGGGGCUGUCUGACCCCCCUGCCACCACCACCACCACUACUACUACUACUUCUACAGCCAAUGGAGCAACAAGUGCAAUGCCAAAGAAGAUGAACCCGAAGACAAGCCCUGCCAAAUAUGCUCAGCUUAGUUCUGUGGAAUCUCUGUGUCAGUCUCCACUUGCCAGGGACAGCAGUUUGGCAGGAGGUGCAGUCAAAUUAUUACGUGAAGGAAGGGGCACUGACAUGAUAUUUGAAAUUAUAGUUGUUCAAGAAUCUGGGGAUGUAGUAGUUGACCAUACCCAUGGAGAACCAGUGUCAAGAACUGACCACUCCAAGGAAGUGGACAUCCAUGAAAUUCAGGCACACUGUGUAAUUAUUGCAGCUAGAUGUGACUGGUUCAGGAGAGCCUUACUUAGUGGCAUGAGAGAGUCUAUAGACAAGAAAAUUACAGUGCAUGACACCAAUCCAAGUCUGUUUAGACUUUUCCUAGAAUAUUUAUAUAGUGGGCAAUUAGAAACCAAUGAGAUGUCUACGGAACAGCUGGCAGACAUGAUGGCUAUUGGGGAUAGAUAUGAGGUAGACAGUUUAAAGUCCCUUUGUGAGAAUACACUAAAGCACCAUUUAGAUGAAGAUUCCUCACUGUUUCUUCUCAGCUUGGCAGAGCAAUACAAUGCAACAGCACUCAGGUCAUCAGCAUUAAAUUUUAUCACAGAGCAUCCCAAAGUGAUGGAGAGUGAGGUAUUUGAAGAGUUGCCAGAACACCUACAGUCAGAGGUGGCUGAUGCAGUUUUGUGGCAUGGGCUGGAUUCCAGAAGCCGCAGUUUAAGUGGUCAUUCCCAUACAGAGACACCACCCUCAUCUGUGUCAGGGUUAUCCCACACGGAGAGACUUAUGGCACAACUAGAUAUUGAUUCAGAGGAUGAUAAGACCAAUUCCAGCUCCUCAGAAGAGAUGAACUAUGUGGAGGACAGUGGGAGACUUGAUGCAUGCCUGGAGUCUCUAAGAGACAUUGUUGGGGACGGGGUGCCCAGAGAAGAACUUGUGAGAGUUGCACUGGCUGCAGAUUAUGAUGUCAAUAGAGCACUUAACUUCUUUUUCUCUGCAUGACUUUGACAGAGAAGGGCAGCUUUUGUAUAUCUCUUUCUACUUUGACAUGAGUUGUUUAUUAAAGUCAAGAUAAAAUGGUUCAUUCCAAGAGUUAAAAGGAAGCCCAAGAGAAACUGAUUAAAACUGCAUAUUUCAUCCAUCCAUUUUUUACAGUAGAGUGGUGAUUGUGCAUAAUGCCAGUGCAUGCACCUGUCUGCAUUACUGUCUGGAAAUUAUGUGGAUUCAGUAUCACUUUUUUGGUAACAACAGAAUGAAAGUCACAAGUUUGCCAGUGAAGAAUUAUUGUCCCCAUAGACUAAUCUCAAUGGGCACUACAAAGUAUACACACUUCAGAUGAACCACCAACACACUCAAACUUAGAACCCUAACUUUACACGGAAUAGAUUUUCAAGAUUGUUGGUCUGUAGAUUGGAAAGCUUUAGCCAACAUUUUGGUUUUGUGGGAUCUGCCCCAGUUUUAGCAUGUGUAUAUCCAAAGAAAAGAAUCUGCAGUCAUGUUUCAUAUGCAGCUGGGGAUAAAGCAGUUAUUUUGUCAUCUGCCUUUAUUUUAAUAUGCAAAUCUGAAGAGGAAACCCCAAUUCUUUUGAACGAUUUAAAAUAAUGAUUUUGGAGAAAAAAUGAGAAUGAUAAAACCUUUGCUUGUCAUUCUUGCUUUAUAUUUGGAAUUAUGCUUUGAUUUAUUUGAAUAUGAUAUGUGGAUAUAAUGUAGCAGGUUUUGAUUAGCGGUGCAGAGUACGUGCUAUGAAGGAGGUCAUGCACUUGUUAAAUAUUUUGCACUCACGGCUUGUAAUAAAUUUGAUAUUUUUAGAUGGUGUCAACAAUUACAAUAUGCAAUAGUUCUUUCGAAGAAAUAUAUUUUAUUCUUUUGUCAUCUAUUUAUAUACUUAAUGUAUUUUGUGUGACCUUGGCUGUGCUUUCAAUUGGUGUCAUGUCAUAUAUGAAUAUUACAUACCUUGAACUUUAGUGCUCUUUGAAGUGUUCAUUGACAUAAAUAUACACUCAGUAAAGUUAAACAUCUGUUAUGCAAAUAUUAAACAAUGACCUUAAUGCCAAUUUAAAAAAAGAUUUCAGAAUUUUGAAUUAAAAGUGAAACAUUGCCGAUUUCACAGGUGCUGUUUUCUUCUUUAGCUAUGAUUUUCAUUAUCAUUUUUUUCCAUACACAAAUUUAGUAGAUCGUUCUGUAAUAUAUGUGUUUGGUAUGAAGAUGACAAAUAAACAAGAUUGUCUUGAGAU